AUGUCGCUUGAUCCCAACGAUGGGUUUGUCGCCGCCGAGGCCGCAGAACCGGAGAGCGGCGACCUGCCAAUCUUCACGAUCGAGCGAGUGCAGCUGCAGUUCUCCAUAGCGGCUGAUUUUGCCGCCGCACAGGUCGCCAACAAUGUCAUCAUCCUGGCCCUGAGCAGUGGUAGGAUUCUGCGCAUCGACCUGAACCGACCCGAGGAUAUCGACGACAUUGACCUACCGAGGAAGCCAUCCGAGAUCGGUAUCAUUCGACGCAUGUUCCUCGAUCCCACGGCGUCGCAUCUCCUGGUUUGCACGUCGCUCGGUCAUAAUUUCUACCUGCAUUCUCAGUCUAAGCAGCCAAGGCUUCUUUCGAAAUUGCCUGGUGUCUUGAUCGAGAGCAUAGCAUGGAAUCCAUCUCUACCCACCGCCUCCACGAGAGAGAUCCUCAUCGGCACCGUAGACGGCAACAUCUACGAGGCUUUCAUAGAAACGUCCAACGAGUUCUACAGGAAGGAAAUGAAGCAUCUAAAGAACCUACAUAAGCUCCCGGAUGGGCCCAUCACGGGCCUCUGGGUAGACAACCUACAUGGAAAGAAUGACUUGAGGAGGGUCAUGAUUGCUACGCAGAGCAGGCUGUUCCACCUUGUUGGCAGAAUUAGCCAUGGCCACGACGGCAGCGGCUCCAUCUACACGAGGAUGUUUGAAACGGAACAGCCUGUCAUCCACGAGCUUUCAAGAGUCACGUCUGGGGCGAGCUCCACUUUCGUUGUGUCCCCCGACCCGCCUGACACCAGCCCUCAUGAUGACGAUGAUGUGCCGGACCGAGCAUAUGCAUGGCUAUCGUCGCAUGGUGUAUAUCAUGGAAAGUUGCUCAAUGCGCCUGCAGAUUCUGCGCUAGGCUCCAAGGUCUUUGCUGAGUCCAAGAUGCUCCCAAGAGCGCAGAUUGUCACACAAGGGUCGGGGAGCAAACGGAAACCUUCUACCGAAACGAUUGAUGCCAUUGCCCUCACCCAAUGGCACAUUGUGAACCUGGUUGGUGGCCGUGUUAUUACCACCAAUCGUCUUACUGGAGAGAUGGUGUCAGAACACGACGUGCUUUCCGCCGGCCAGAAGCCUAUUGGAUUUUCGGUAGAUUCUCAGAAGAACACCUUUUGGCUGUUCACUUCCGAAGAGAUCUUUGAGAUUGUGGUACGCGAUGAGGAUCGGAACAUCUGGAAAAUCAUGAUGGAAACGCAACAGUUUGAACCGGCCCUUCAACAGGCUCGCUCGCAAAUCCAGAGGGAGACAGUUUCCGCCGCAUUUGGAGACUACCUUUCUACCAAAGGCCAUUGGAGUGAAGCUGCCAUGGUUUACGGCCGGAGCAACAAGCCUUUUGAGGAAGUUGCGCUCAAAUUGAUUGACAGCAACCAACCAGAUGCCCUGCGCAUCUUCCUCCUUACAAAACUAGGCACGACCAAAAAAUCUGCUGUUAUGCAAAGGAUAAUGAUUGCGAGCUGGCUAGUCGAGAUCUUCAUGGCUAAGCUCAACUCCCUCGAUGAUGCCAUCAUCACUCAUGCAGACCUGUCAGAGAAAAUGAACCCUGCAGAAUCGAGAAAAUUGAUCAACUCGGCAAAGAAAGAGUUUCAAGAGUUUGUCAACAAUCAUGGGCGAGAAGAGGAGCUGCUCUACUUUGCCAACGCCAUCAAUGACUACAAUUACGUCUUAUCUUACUGGGUACAGCGAGAGAGAUGGACUGAGGCGCUCAACGUCCUAAAGAAGCAGACAGAUGCAGAAAUCUUUUAUCGAUACAGCACUGUACUCAUGUCGCACGUUGCACAAGAUACCGUGGACAUUCUUAUGAGACACUCAGAUCUCAGUCCACGGCGAUUAAUUCCAGCAUUGCUAGAAUACCACCGUGGCUUUGAUGGUGAAGCAACAGCCCAGAACCAGGCUAUAAGGUACCUCAACUACGUUGUCUAUCAACUUAAUUCAACUGACGCGGCGGUCCACAACACGCUCGUGUCCAUCUACGCCUCACACCCCUCCAAAGAUGAGUCAGGGCUACUAUCGUAUCUGCAGGCGCAGGGUGAUGAGCCUCGGUACGAUUCCGACUUUGCUUUGCGCCAGUGUAUCCACCACCAUCGAACACUGUCGUGCGUUCACAUAUAUACCAGCAUGGAACAAUAUCUUCAGGCGGUUGACCUCGCGCUCUCCCACAACGAGGUUGAGCUGGCUGCGGUUAUCGCUGAUAGACCAAUGUCCAACCCCCAAUUGCGCAAAAGACUGUGGUUAGCUGUUGCUCGGAGAGUCAUUUCUCAAUCUGACGGUAUCAAAACGGCAAUUGAAUUCCUGAAGAGAUGCGACUUGCUUAAGAUUGAGGAUCUGAUUCCGUUCUUUCCCGACUUUGUAGUCAUCGAUGACUUCAAAGAGGAAAUCUGCGAGGCUUUGGAGGACUAUAGCCGAAACAUUGAUAAUUUGAAGAAAGAGAUGGACGAGUCUUCACAGACGGCGACAAAUAUUAAGCUGGAUAUUGCUGCUCUGGAUCACAGAUACGCCAUUGUGGAACCUGUAUUGGAGCAAGCUGGUGUUGCCAAGUCAAACCGAAUCAAGGAACUCCAGAUGCAAAUUCACAAGGGUCUUGUGAGCGGUACGCAGCGAGAGGCCGUUGUGGCUGAGCUUGAUGCCUUGGUGGCGUCAGCAUGUAUUUUAUGCAGUGAUUUCGCCAUCAAGAGAAUAGACGAACCGUUCAUUACGCGGGAUGAUAACCCUGAUGAAUGGGCAUUAUGA